GGCAAAUGACGGCGAGAGCCUGUUGGCAGAUUCUACGGUGCCAGUGUCGAACCAACGAGCCUCUCCGCAAGAUAUUGCAGUCCCUGCAUUGGAGUCUAACCCAAAGGCUCUUUUUCUCACCUCAUACCUCACACCUCACACGAGUACCUCAUACAAUUGCAGUUCCACGAUGAGAACGGAAACAACCUUCAACCUGCUCAGCUACGGGAGACAAUCUGCCGCGCACAUGUCUCUCUCGCUGUCCUGCUACUGCUGGCAUGGGAUGGAAGUAACCCGACCAAGGUAACCACCUUUUAGGGCUUCAUGAUACGACUGAUGGACCGAGAAAGAUCCAAUUGUCAUCUACCGAGAUGCGAGAUGGCCCCCUUCCUCGUCGACUUGCUGCCUUGUAAGUGAACGCAGGAUUGUCAGCAUCAGCAAAAUAAUCUGAGGGAAGGACAAAUAACCCCCCUGCCAGGCUUGUCUUGUGUGUUCUCGACAAUCAACGUCCCAGAAUCCAUUGUCCUCGAGUUUAACUUUGGGCAUUUGAAUGGAUCUUUCGUCACUCCAUGCCCCGUACACCACACAUCCUUCGAGGUCAAAUAAUUUCCCCAAUCGAGGCAGCUACCGGCAAGUUCCCUCUGUUGGAAAGAGUUAGACCAGAGACGUGGGCCUCGAUCUUCCUGCUGAACAGGACCUGGCGGCGGUGAUCAUUUUGCUGCCUGUGCAAGCGGCGUCUGACCCAGAUCCUUGAUCAGGCACAAGUAUGCAUGUUCAAAGACGCCCCAUGUCUCCGCGUCAUUGUGCUGGAGCUUAUGGCGAAUGCGCACUACUCAUUAUUUUGCAGGAAGUGGUCGGUCCAACCCUUCUGGACGAUGGCACAUGCAUUCCAUGGGAGCGAUGCAAUCAAACCGGAUCCGAACGAAGCCUCUGCCCCAGCCUGGGAAGCGCACAAAACAAAGACCACAUCCGUGGAAAGCACUGGUCAACGUAGUUCGAGGUCUUGUCUGGAUUCUAGAUCUUCUUUGUAUUCAAAGCGAAUAUGUCACCACUUGAGCACGUUUCUCGACUUUGGUGGAAGCAUACCAAGUACAGUUUCUUCAGUCAGAAAAAAGGUAAAUUCAAUAGACAAAGCAAUGCUAGCCAGCUGUCCAUCAUCGUCAGCAUCGUCAUCAAAAUAAUUUGAAAUUGACAUGCAUGAUCCUUUUCCUUUUCGCUAGGAAGCCCACAAACCCCCAGCGGCUCGAUAGGUAGACGAAUAGAUGGAUGGACGAAUAAUG